GCCAACGCAAAACAUUCCGCAUUUGUUGCUCGUACCAGUCGGUUGUACGCUUUUUCCCUGCCACGAUUGUAAGGACACGCCGCGACGCACGCCGUUUGCUCGCAUUCACGUGUUUAGAGCGUUUUGUUUAAAUAACAUAACUGAAAGGAUUGCAUUGUAUAUGGUGUAGGUUACAUCAAAACAAUAUUGAAAUUUGGGCAAAAAUUGUAUAAAUAAUUCUACUUCGGAAUUUGUUUCUAAUACGUGUUGUGGAAAAUAUAGAUGGAAAAACGGUGAAAACGCACUGUGGAAAGUUCAAAAUACACAUUGCAGUGAGUGGUGUAAUGAAACACAAUCGUGGAGAAUAAAUAUACAUACAUACUUCUAUCCAUGGUUCUUCGUCCUUGAAAGUGAGAAGGAAUUUUUAACCACCCAAUGCUGUAAUUACCUGUGAUACUUUGUGUCGUAAAGGUGCAUUCACUUGGAAAAAGUCGGAUACUGUGUGAGUGUGUGUGUGUGUGUAUGUGAGCCAGUGUAGGAGAAAGUCCUUCAUCCCGUCCGUGUGUCCUUCAGCCCUCAAUUAUUGAAAUCAGCAUUGGAUUGUGUUUCGGGUUGUGUCGAAAUACGACCAACGCCUGCCGCCAGCAUGUUGCGCUUCGGAGGACUCAAGUAUAAGAAAUUGAAUAACGCCGGCUACCCAGGCGAAGAGCAGGAGAGCCACUGCCGCCCCGCCGAGGGAAAUGGAAAGCUGGAAAAAUCUGUACAUUCCACACCGACGACAACGCCAUCGAAGCAGCAACGACUGCACAAUCAGCUGAAUGGAACCGCAAUGAAAAAUGUAAACACAUCUUCGUCAGAGCAGAAACGGCACCGAAACAACUUCAUGCUCAUAGUUGGUGGUCUGUCGGGAAAAUCGCAUUCCGAGUCCGAUUCACCUAACUCGCCUUCUCACGCUACCGUCCAGCCGUCGUCACCUUCGUCCAACUUUAAACUUCUCAGUGGAAAAUUCGCCAUUGACAGCAAGCGCAAGAUCAACUGUAAAACAAGGAUCUAUAAGUGCAUCAAGCGUAUCCUGAAACGAAACUCUUUCCACACCGGCACACCAAAGGAUCACCAACAGCCCAGAGGACAGCGAAUGCCUUCGACUCUUCGUUCACCAAAUGCCGCUGACUACCGGGAGAUCAAGUCGCUUUUGGAGAAGCAGCACCGUGAUCUCGAGUACGACGUCAACUUGGCAAAAUGUGUCGAAAAACCUGCCUUUAUCAAAAAGAUAGCCAUCAAUAUGCUGCAAAGUGCCGUUUUGGAUGAGAAAGAAGACAGCACAUUGGUACUUCAUCGUGAACAAACAGCCUCCGUUACCGGCACGAUACAGAGUGACCUCGAGCGGGAACGAGAAUAUCAGCGACUGCUGAAUGAAUGUUGGUACCACGAAAACCUGCCCCGCAGUCUUUCCCUGCAGCUGCUGAUGGAUAAACUCCCUGGCUGCUUCCUGGUGCGUAAAAGCACCACGCAACCCGACUGUUAUGCACUGUCGUUGCGCGUCCCGCCAGGAUCAGGACCUCGCAUCGCACACUACCUCAUCGUCCGAACGGCCACCGAUGGAUACAAGAUCAAAGGCUUCCAGAAGGAGUUCAGCUCGCUCCGUGCCCUGAUUGUGCAUCAUUCGGUGAUGCCGGAAGCGCUGCCCGUACCACUAGCCGUGCCUCGUCCCGUUAAUCUAGUGGUCAAGACCAAGUUCGAGGAUGAUUACGAGACCGUGUUCGAUCUGGCCAAAGAGCUACAGCCCUAGCCGCAACAUACCUGAUGCCAAGGUGGAAGCAGCGAUUACCAAAACAAUAUGCUUAGGUUAAGUUCAGUCACUUUUCAAUGCUAUUUUGUUAUCCCCUUCCCAUCUUCCCGCCCUGUAAGUCUAUAAUUAUGAGAUGAGAAAUAAAUUAUUCUACAAAACGUUA